AGCAAGCUGCCAACCAUGGCGAGCCGAGUCCACGCCGAGCCUGCGCCCGACCCUAGGGAGGCGCGGAGGCAGAGCAGGGUGGGGUUCGCUUGCUUGUUGCCGUGGGCAAAACAUUUUGGUCACAGCCUCCGCCUAUUUAAAGGGCGCGCGCACGGCAGGCUCGGACACCCGCCCGGAAGUUUCCCUCCCCACCCCCCUCGGAUGCUCGUCCGCUCCCUUCUCCCUCACCACUCCGCCACUCCCGAACCUCCGCAGCGCGGCCGGGCGCCCGCCAUGGACGAGCCAUUCAUUGUUACUGGAAAGAUAAUUGCUAUGAUGAUAAGAAACGGGGAAUUGGUUGCAGAAGCAGGGAUGGAGUGCCCAAAAUGCGAACAUCGCAUUGAUAAUAGUGAUGUUUCAUCACAGUGGCCAGGACUCCCUAUUGGAGUUAAGUUUGAUCCAACUGAUCUUGAACUGCUUGGACAUUUAGAAGGCAAGAUUAGCAGGGCAGUGCCACAUGUACUAAUAGAUGAUUUUAUUCCAACCAUAGGGAAGGAGGAAGGAAUCUGCUAUACACAUCCGGAAAAUCUCCCUGGUGUCAAAUUAGACGGGAUUGCCAGUCAUUUCUUCCACAAAAUAGGAAAUGCCUAUGAUGUUGGCACGCGCAAGCGCCGCAAGAUUAGCAACAAUUACCACACUGUUUGUGAUGAGCGUCUCAGAUGGCACAAGACUGGAAAAUCCAGAUCUAUCUUAGAUAAUAACGGUGUCAUAAAAGGGUGGAAGAAAAUAAUGGUUCUUUACAUGGGUUCUAAGAAAGGAGGUGGCAAGACAAAAAAAACUAAUUGGAGGAUGCAUCAGUAUCACCUUGGGGUAGAUGAAGAUGAAAAGGACGGGGAGCUUGUUGUUUCCAAAGUCUUCUAUCAGUCGGAGUCAGAGAAAGCCGGGCAGCCUCUAAUUUGGUGUGGUAAUGAAGAAUACGAUUCAUUUGCUGGGGAAAAUGAUCCUCCAACCCCAAUGACAUACCCUCCGGAGCCUUGUCGCCCAAAUGACAGUCCAUUCGAAACCGAGCAGAAUCAGGAGGAGGAUGAAGAAUUCCGCCAAUCUGCUGUCCGGGGAGCCAAGGAAUGGCUCGCUGGAACCACGUCGCAUGCCGUUAAUGACAUGGCGCUGCCUGGCCUGGAUGAACACCCGUCACGCGGCGGAACCCCGGACUACCCUGAGAACAGUGAGAAGCAGCAUCUGCCUCUUGACGCGGAAGAGCUCCAAGGUUUCCCCGACCUCGGAACGUCUCCGCACUUCUCCUCUCUGGCUGGCAUGAAGUUUGACUCGCUGGAUGGCUUCCACAGCUGGCUAAAGGACAUGUAGCAUAGCGCAUAGACGAGGGGUUCUGAAGUAGCGGCGCAACGCGAAGGGGCUGGUGUUUUCUCGUGAUGUACUCUCUCGGUAAAAGAAUAUAAAAGUAUUUAGAUCACUAAAGUAGUGAUCUAAAUGAUCUUAUAUUUACUUACGGAGGGAGCAAGUUGUAGUGAAUCUGUGUAUGAGUGAUGGAUCUCCGAGAAAAUUUUGUAUAUGAUCCUGCAGCUUGCAUACGAACGUAGCUCGGCUAUGUUUACUGUUGUAAUAUGAAGAAUCCAACAAAUGAGAGGUUGGAAAGAGUAAUUGCCACUAUGUAAUGCAAACAGAAAUUUCCUCUUGUAACGGUGCGAGGUUUACAAAGGGGACUAUCCGAUCACACCCCCUUUUCGUUGA